GAGUUAAUUUGUUGUUGUAUGUGUGUGACAUGACAGGAUUUGUUCAUUGCCGGAAGUGAUACAUCGGCCAUAACAACAGAAUGGGCAAUGGCUGAACUCCUCCGAAAACCUGAAGAACUCAACAAAGUACGACAAGAAAUUAUCCAACAAAUAGGGACAGAGAGGCCAGUGAAAGAAUCAGACAUCAACAAACUCCCAUACCUUCAAGCAGUAGUAAAAGAAGCAAUGAGACUUCAUCCAGCAGUUUCAUUACUCUUACCACACAAAGCCCAAAAAGACAUAGAAGUGUUAGGCUACACCGUGCCUAAGGGCACUCAAGUUUUGGUGAAUGCUUGGGCAAUUGGAAGAGACCCGAAGUCAUGGGUAAGGCCACUAGAGUUUCUGCCUGAAAGAUUUAUUGAAUCUAGCGUGGAUUAUAAAGGUAGGGACUUUGAGUAUAUACCAUUUGGCGCGGGACGAAGAAUAUGUCCAGGAUUGCCACUAGCUAUAAGGAUGGUGAACUUAAUGUUGGCUUCUAUUAUUCAACCAUUUAAUUGGACGUUACCAGAUGGGAUGGCACCGGAGAAAUUGGACAUGGAGGAACAGUUUGGAGUUAGCUUGAGGAAGGCUACUCCUCUUGUUGCAAUUCCUAGCAUGGAACAAAAGUAAUGUAUUUGAAUUUCUUAGUGAUUUGGUUUGCAACUUUUUCUUUACCUUAAUGGUAUUGUUUCUAUAAGCAUGUAUGUGACUGCGCGGGACUAAGAGGUGUAUUUUAUGUUAUGUUUGGGUGAUGUAUUAUUGACAAAACUGAACAUUGAGUUGGAGACAAGAAACUUGAUAUUAAUAGCGAACUUCGAUUUCAUGAAUCAA